CACAUCACGACUCCGUACACCACUCCUUCUCUGACCACUGUUUGCCGUCACAGCCCUCGCGCGAGUAUACCGAUAUGGCGUCCGGGAUAGGGGAUGAGGACCCGUUCUUGCAGGUCCAAGCAGAUGUGCUGUCUGCCUUGAAUACCACCCGCCCCCUAUUUUCUUCAUACCUGCGUAUUCGGUCGUCUGCCUCCUCUGCAAACUCCCCAGAGCUUCGAGAAGCCCGCAACGAGCUUGAACAAACACUCCAUGAACUCACUCAAGAUCUCGAGGAUCUCAUGGAAAGCGUUAAGGCGGUCGAGCAUGAUCCGUAUCGUUUUGGACUCGAGAUCGAUGAAGUGGAGCGGCGGCGACGGCUGGUGAAGGAGGUCGGGGAUGAGAUUCAGAGCAUGCGGGAAGAGCUGGCGAGGGCGGUUCAAGGUGGUCACAAUAAGGGCAAGGCAGCCGUCAACGGGGAUAUCCUACCGGACCCUGACUCCUUCGAGGACGAGGAUCACUACGCCGCAUUCGAGCAUGAGCGACAAAUGGAGAUGAUGCAGGAGCAGGACGAGGCACUAGACGAUGUCUUCAAGACGGUGGGCAACCUGCGACAACAGGCGGACGACAUGGGUCGCGAGCUGGAAGAGCAAGGGGAGCUACUCGACGACUUUGACACCGUAGCGGAUAGGGUCGGGGGGAAGCUGCAAACCGGCCUCAAGCGAGUCGGUUGGGUCAUCAAGAAGAACGAAGAUAGAUGGUCCAGCUGCUGCAUUGGAGUCCUCAUCUUUGUGCUAAUUCUCCUGCUCGUACUGCUUCUGAUACUUUAAGUACGACAUGGAGGGUAUUGAUCUAUGGAUCCCGAACAGACAGCUCGCCGGUUUGCGGACCAUGCUUCCUCAUGGCGUCUCUGUUGCCUCCGCCAGGGACCCACAAGAG